GGCGUGGUCGCGCUCCGUCGGGUUCCGGGCACUCGGGCCGCGUCCGGACGCCACCGUCGCCGGCACCGGGAGCCGCUACCCCGCCCCGCCCGGGAUCGUCGGUGUCCGGAGCUGGCCAGGAUGGCACAGUGGAACCAGCUGCAGCAGCUCGACACGAGGUACCUGGAGCAGCUCCACCAGCUCUACAGCGACAGCUUCCCCAUGGAGCUCCGGCAGUUCCUGGCCCCAUGGAUUGAGAGCCAGGACUGGGCAUACGCUGCCAGCAAGGAGUCCCACGCCACGCUGGUGUUCCACAACCUGCUCGGGGAGAUCGAUCAGCAGUACAGCCGCUUCCUGCAGGAGUCCAACGUCCUCUACCAGCACAACCUGCGCCGCAUCAAGCAGUUCCUGCAGAGCAGAUAUCUGGAGAAGCCGAUGGAGAUCGCCCGCAUCGUGGCACGCUGCCUGUGGGAAGAGUCCCGGCUCCUGCAGACAGCUGCCACUGCAGCUCAGCAAGGGGGACAGGCAACACAUCCCACAGCAGCGGUGGUGACAGAGAAGCAGCAGAUGCUGGAGCAGCACCUGCAGGAUGUGAGGAAGAGGGUGCAGGAUCUGGAGCAGAAGAUGAAAGUGGUGGAGAACCUCCAGGAUGACUUUGAUUUUAACUACAAGACUUUGAAAAGCCAGGGAGACAUGCAGGACCUGAACGGCAACAACCAGGCUGUGACCCGGCAGAAGAUGCAGCAGCUUGAGCAGAUGCUGACAGCGCUGGACCAGAUGCGGAGGGGCAUCGUGAGUGAGCUGGCAGGGCUGCUGUCUGCCAUGGAGUAUGUGCAGAAGAUGCUGGCAGAUGAGGAGCUGGCAGACUGGAAGAGACGGCAGCAGAUUGCCUGCAUCGGUGGUCCUCCAAACAUCUGCUUGGACCGGCUGGAGAACUGGAUAACCUCCCUGGCUGAGUCACAGCUGCAGACCCGGCAGCAGAUCAAGAAGCUGGAAGAGCUGCAGCAGAAGGUGUCCUACAAGGGUGACCCAAUCGUGCAGCACCGACCCAUGCUGGAGGAGAGGAUCGUGGAGCUGUUCCGCAACCUUAUGAAAAGUGCUUUCGUGGUGGAGAGGCAGCCCUGCAUGCCCAUGCACCCUGACCGGCCCCUGGUCAUCAAAACCGGUGUCCAGUUCACCACCAAAGUCAGGCUGUUGGUCAAGUUUCCAGAGCUCAACUACCAGCUGAAGAUCAAAGUCUGCAUCGACAAGGACUCUGGGGAUAUUGCAGCACUUAGAGGGUCCCGGAAGUUUAACAUCCUGGGGACAAACACCAAGGUGAUGAACAUGGAGGAGUCGAACAAUGGCAGCCUCUCGGCAGAGUUCAAGCACCUGACCCUGCGUGAGCAGCGCUGUGGUAACGGUGGCAGAGCCAACUGCGACGCUUCACUGAUUGUCACUGAGGAGCUGCACCUCAUCACCUUUGAGACAGAAGUGUAUCACCAGGGGCUGAAGAUUGACCUGGAGACUCACUCGCUGCCCGUGGUGGUCAUCUCCAACAUCUGCCAGAUGCCCAAUGCCUGGGCAUCCAUCCUGUGGUACAACAUGCUGACCAACAACCCCAAGAACGUGAACUUCUUCACCAAGCCCCCCAUCGGGACCUGGGACCAGGUGGCAGAGGUGCUGAGCUGGCAGUUCUCCUCCACCACGAAGCGUGGCCUCAGCAUCGAGCAGCUGACCACUCUGGCAGAGAAACUCCUGGGGCCAGGUGUGAACUACUCAGGCUGUCAGAUCACCUGGGCCAAGUUCUGCAAGGAAAAUAUGGCUGGGAAAGGCUUCUCCUUCUGGGUCUGGCUGGACAACAUCAUUGACCUGGUGAAGAAGUACAUCCUGGCGCUGUGGAACGAAGGGUACAUCAUGGGCUUCAUCAGUAAGGAUCGGGAGAGAGCCAUCCUCAGCACCAAGCCCCCGGGCACAUUCCUGCUGCGCUUCAGUGAGAGCAGCAAGGAGGGUGGCAUCACCUUCACCUGGGUGGAGAAGGACAUCAGCGGGAAGACACAGAUCCAGUCGGUGGAGCCCUACACCAAGCAGCAGCUCAGCAACAUGUCCUUCGCCGAGAUCAUCAUGGGCUACAAGAUCAUGGAUGCCACCAACAUCCUGGUGUCCCCCCUGGUGUACCUGUACCCAGACAUCCCCAAAGAGGAGGCCUUUGGGAAGUACUGCCGCUCCGAGAGCCAGGAGCACUCAGAACCCACUGACUCAGGUAGUGCUGCUCCAUAUCUGAAGACCAAGUUCAUCUGUGUCACCCCCACCACCUUCAGCAGCACCAUCGACCUGCCCAUGUCCCCGCGCACCCUGGACUCGCUCAUGCAGUUUGGCAGUGGUGACGGUGCAGACGCCAAGGCUGGAGGGCAGUUUGAGUCGCUGACCUUCGACAUGGAGCAGACCCCGGAGUGUGCCUCGUCCCCCAUGUGAGGAGCUCUGCCAGCACCUGGCCUCACACCGCCCAAGGACUCCCCGGGCUGGCUGCGCUGGGCAGCUCCUUGCUCCUGGUUCCUUGUCUGACCUAAACCAACCUCCCCACCUCCAGGGUAGUGCCACUUGGCUCUUGGGGGAGGGGGGAUGAACCUUUUUCUAUUUCCUUCCAUAAGGGUUUUUUAUUCUUGUGUUGCUCAUCCAAGUGCCUGCUGGCUCUGGCCACGGCCCUGCUCACUGCCAACGCUUCUGCAGCCCCCACUGCUGGCUCCCUGCCUGCUAGGUUUGCCUCCAGAUACUUGAGGGGAUUGGCUGCUCCUGGCUCUGCACCCGCGGGGAGGGCUGAGGCCUCUCUUCUGCCUUAGGCCAGGAGAAGCAGGCAGAUCGGAGUUGUGCUGAGGGGCCCUGGGUACUGUGCUGGCAGCAGGGAUUUUGGUGCUGCCUGCACUCCUUGCUCCUGCUGCAGGCACAGAUCUGGCUGUCCUCAGCAGCCCCAGGGCAGGACAUGUCCCCACACCAGCAUCUGUGCCUUGGGUCUGUUUUGGGACCUAGGUAUGACCACAGAGGCUGCCUCAGCCAUGGCUCACCCCAGGGCCAGGACAGUGCCAGGAGCAGGGCUGUGCCUCCUCACCCUCCCUGGGUGAGGUUUAGACUCCUUGGGCCCCACGGGAGGCUGCUGGGUCCUGUGUCACCUGCAGGGACCAGGCCUGGCCUUGCCCUUUUCCCUCUUGUUGGGCUAGUGGUGGCCCAGGCACUAGGUUGGCAGUUUCUGGGGGACUUUGUGUGGCACUUUCAUUGGCGGCUGCUGUUGGGACAGGAUGGGGGAGCAGGAUGGGGGAGCAGGAUGCAGGCAGGGAGGGGGAUGGAGCUGGUGGCAGCUGCAGGCACUGCUAGGGCAAAUUUCCUUGUGUGGGGGCAGCAGAGGGGGGCAGCUCUGCUGGCCAACGGUUGUGGUUCUGUGUUUACCCCAAAGCGGGGGUGCCCCCUGCCUGCUCUCUGCCCGAUAAGCGCUGAAGGGGAGGGUGACAGGAGGGGCUGUGCUGAGCCAGGGCCAGUGCCGGGGCAGGGCUGGGGGAGCUGUCAGCUCUAAGGUUGCAGGGAAAUGUCUCGCUGGACACCAGCCUGGAGCUUUGCAGGUCUUUGAUGUCUUGAUUUGGCUGCCGGUGGAGAGAACCCCGCAGGCAUCCGUGCCUGUGACGCUGCGGUGGCACAGGGGGAGCCAAUUAUGCGGCUCUGGCUUUUCUGCCCCGGGAAGAUUGUGGCUCGGCGCCCAGCCCCCCGGCUGUGGGCUGUGCCAUCACAGCCUGCUGGCAGGGGGCAGGGCUAGGGGGGUGAGAUCCCCAAGGGAAGGAAGAGGCAGCAGCGGGCGCCAGGCCAGGCCUGUGGCUGGCGCUGGGGACAGGAGUUGGCCUUUGCUGCUGGGAGGCGCUUGGAGGGGCCAGGGGCCCUUUGCCCCCCGGGCAGUGCCAGGCUCUGUACAGACUUUUACUUUUUGUAUAUUUUCGUGCUGUACCUACGGGCUUGAACCUGCUGCACAAUAAAGGCUCUGAAGCGA